GAAACGUUUCAUUUUAAUUCCGCAUUGGUGAAAACGAAGGUGAAUUAUCCCGAAGUUGAUAUGUACAUGAUAUUUCAAUCGAUCCGUUCCCCGUAGACCAUAGUGCAUUACCGUCGACACUCGACAUUCUCAACUACCAAAAAAUGGCAUGUGGCUUCAGUUCCGUGGACGGCGGAGACCAGAAUCCAUUGUUGCAAUCGCUACCUUGCUCGACUUCAAAACCAGUGGCAUUUGCCUUACGCUCAAAUGUCGCAUACGAUGGCAAUUUGGAUGAUGACUAUCCAUUACAAGGCCAUGCAAUCUCAUUUAAGACUCAAGAAUUUAUACAUAUCAAGGAAAAGUAUGAUAAAAACUGGUGGAUUGGUCGUCUGGUGAAGGAAGGAUCUGAUCUGUGUUAUAUACCAUCACCUACCAAACUCGAAAUCAUGCGUAUGGUUGACCAAUUAAGUUCAACAAAAAAUUCAGUAUCUUCAAACUUGGAUGGUAGUCCUACUGCAGGAGGUGGUCGUACAUCUGCUCUAACUGUUCCAGCUGUAAAAUAUAAACGAAAUAUAUUUUUUAAGAAACAAGAUAUUUCACUGCCACCUUACGACGUUGUUCCUUCGAUGAGGCCAAUUGUGAUAGUCGGACCAUCUUUAAAGGGAUACGAAGUGACUGAUAUGAUGCAAAAAGUAUUAUUUAACUUUUUGAAACGCCGUUUUGAAGGAAGGAUCAUUAUUACCCGCGUUAUGGCUGAUAUAUCCUUGGCUAAGAAAUCUCUUUUUAAUGACCCGUCGAAAAUAACUACCAUUGGAAAUAAACCUGGUUCCCGAUCAAACACCAUUGCUUGCGUGAAGGAACAAGUUGAACGUAUUUUUGAAUUCGGUCAAACAAUGCAGCUUGUUGUUUUGGAUUGUGAUACCAUCAACCAUCCAUCGCAAUUAGUAAAAACUUCUAUUGCGCCAAACAUAGUAUAUAUAAAAAUGAAACCAGAAGUCUUACAUCGUUUGAUCAAAUUAAGAGGUAAGUCACAAACUCGACAUCUCAAUGUUCAAAUGAUUGCGUCUGAAAAGUUGGCUCAAUGUCCAUCAGAAAUGUUUGACGUGAUAGUGGACGAAAAUCGGUUAGAAGAUGCGUGUGAUCACAUCGCUGGGUUCAUGGAGUCUUAUUGGCGGGCGACACAUCCACACCAGAUUCUGGACUCUUGCGAACAGUCACCAUGUACAAUGAAAAGAUCGCCAAAAGUAGAUCUAUCUAUGCUAAUACCGAAGACGAACGUUUGCACUUGCCCUUCAGAGUAUAAACCAAUGGCCCGUAGAUCAUCAGGCACGCAUAGUAAGAACAAUGAUUACGAACCUUACGAUCAACAAAGAAUGGAUAAUAUGUCACUUCCAGUCACCAAGUAUAAGACUCAUAAUCAAAAUCAGCAGCAACACGUUGUUGGUAACGUUUAUUAUGACCACCCGCUACGUCAGCCGCUUCAUAGUUAUCAUUCUCAGCUGCAACAAGAUUUGCAUAGUCACGAUGGUCCGCUACAUCAAAACCGUGUCAUGCAACUGCAUGGUCAAGAAAAUGAGCCGUAUAAUUAUGAAUAUCAGCAGUGUCAGGAUAAACGUUAUCUGCAUCAGUUUCAGCAUGAAAAUUACGACGAACCGAGGCAACAGCGGCGUAAGCGGCGUGAGCGACACGUGUCGUUCGAUAGGUCUGCUCUAAGUCGCGAUGAUGAGUAGACAGCCGCACCAGACACGAUAGGUGGUAUCUGGAUGCCAUCGAAUAUAGUUUUGUCAGCUGGUAAGACUAUCCGACAUCAUGAUCGAUAUCAUUUUAGCACCUAUCAAACACCAUCGAUCUGGCUAUAAUCAAUAUUUUAGUUACUAAAACCAUUCCGCAUUCUAAACAUAAGCCACCAAUUGCAAACGCUUUUUAUAGCUACAUGAUGUUAGAGGCCGUUAAAUGGUUUAUUUAUAUUAAUUUAUUAUUUUCUCAAUUAUUAUACUUAAAGCCAAUAUUCCCUCUCUGGUAAUCAUAUUCUUCGUAAACAUAAACUGAUCUACUAAUGAUAUAGCUUUGACCUUCUUUCCAUUCUUCUGGACAUAAUUAUUGCUGUUAGUAUAUUCGACACAUGUGUCAAAAGGCUAAUUCUUGUACGAUACUGAUCAGUAAUCACAUAUUUUCGUAGUUGUUUUUUUUUCGGAGUAAGUAUAGGUAUAAUUAUUUGCUCUGAGUCUAAAUGUAGACAACUUGUGUUGCCUAUGUAAAUAUUCUUAAUGAGUUAAAAAAAUUAUUGUUGAUAUCCCCUAGUUCUUUUUUCACAAGUUCAGCUUAAAUUAGAUCAAUUUUUGCAGCUUUCUCCGUCAUAAGGUUUUUGAUACUUAAUCAAAUUUUUCUUUAUUAUAACUCUGUAUUUAAUCUUCUCGUCGUCUUUUUCUAGUUUUUGUCCUAAUUCUCUCCUGUUGAGUUCUAGCGCAACAUUUUCGCACCCGUUUUGUUACCUUUUACAGAAGACAGAAGCAACCAAUGCUAAUUUUUGAUCCCGACCAAUAGGGUAGGUAUAAUAAACAACAUAAUAAUAAAGAAAACAGAUUUUUUUCUAGUGUUCUUUUUUCCCAAUCGUUACUAAUUUUUCGUAAUGAAACAGAAUGUAAGCCUUCCCACUUUUCCAAUUGCAUUCAUAUUAUUAUAUUUAGACACGACAUAUUGGUCGUCUCUGUAUGAUGAAAUAUGUAUAUAAUAUACAUAGAUAAUAUUAUU